AUGAGAUGUCGACACGAAGUGACGUGUGACAAUGCGCGUCGCCACUCCUCCCCCAGAAAGAAAAGGAGCGAGCCCGGCAAAAAUGGAGGUCGCGUCGGCGACGAGCGGAACGAAGCUGCGGACGAGGCAACGCACGCGGCGCACCCGGAGAAGCUGAACGGCGAGAGGUACAGGCGCGGCGCACCGAAGAACGUAGGCGAGGAAGACGGCGUGCGCAACGGCAACGCGGGAUGGACUAGGCUGGACGGCGUGCACACUAGCGACGCGUGGCAGGACUGGACUGGAUCUGGAACUGGAACUCGAACGGAGACUGGAACUGGAACUGGAAGGAAGCGCUCGCUGGAGGCGCCAGUGCUACCAAGUGGCGCCCUCGUGGCGCGCAGUCCUAAACAUGCAGUGGUUGGCCGGAGCAAGCGCUUGCGCAACCGGUAA